AUGCCUGCAAGAUCUUCGUCUUUGCCUGGGUCACAUCAAGAACCUCCUGAAUCCGCACAGGCAGACCAGGUAGGAGAGAAGGUUAUGUUUCAUUGUCAAGAGGAAGGGUGUAUCAAGACCUUCCAGUCAUUUGCCUCGCUCCAAAGGCACCUGGACGUUGGUACGCACAUGGUGAGACUGGUAAAGGAGUCCACCUAUGACGAGAUCAGGCGAAAAUGGGCGGAGGCAUGCCAUUCCCUGGGUGGUGGCUAUGUUCGGGGUGAUUCAGCUACCUUCGACUCCAGUGACCAAGCAACGCCUGGCGAAGUCGUGGAGCUAGGAUGGGCUCUUCAGAAAAAUCGAAAACCGGUAGCCUUUUCCGAGAAAGCGAAGAGCUAUCUGGUAGACGUGUUUUGGGCCGGGGAGGAAACAGGAAAGAAGGCAAACGCCUCCUUUGUAUCCUCCAGAAUGAAGUCUUUGAGAGACGAGAACGGGCAGAAGAUGUUCACAAAGACCGACUGGUUGACAGAACAACAGAUUGCUCGAUACUUUAGCCGACUCUCCGCCCUCAAUAAGGCUGGUCGAUUACAGAGAGCCCACUCUUCCUUAAUGAAUGAGGACGAAGAGGCUGAUGCCGAUGAUCUUGUUGUAGAAGCCGAGGCUGUCCGGAGAAGGCAGCAGAUAAGGAAGGACCUUGAACUUUAA